AUGACCACUUAUCUUGGAAUGGGUCUUUUAGGCAAUAUGUGUAAUUGCAUUGUGUUUACACAACCUGCGCAUCGUCGUACGCCCUGUUCACUAUAUCUUUUGGCAAUGUCAAUCUUCGCCAGUCUUUAUCUUAUUUGGUCAAACUUUCCAUUUCUCUACCAACUUGAGCAUAAUGAUCCCCAGACACAAUCAGUGGUCUACUGCAAGAUGAGAUUAUAUGGCAGUCACGUUCUUGGACAAUGUGUUCGCUAUCUUAUUGUGUGUGCUUGUGCUGAUCGAUUCUAUGUUACACGAGCAAAUCCUCGUAUACGAUCUUUGAGUUCGGUUCAUAUGGCAUCGAAAUUUAUAUUAAUCGUGGUGACAACAUGGGUAGUAACAGGCUCGCAUCUGCUAAUAUUUUUAGAUCUACGCACUGGUGUCUGUGGAUUGUUUGGAUCUUACAAGUUAUUCUAUUCGAUCUAUGCCACCAUACUGAUCGCUAUUGUACCGCAAAUGUUAAUGAGUAUUUUUAGUUUUCUCACUAUUCGUAGCCUUCAUCAGCUGCAUGGUGCUCAGACACUUCUUCGACAGAAAGAUCGUGAUCUGAUGCGUAUGUUAAUUGUUGAACUCAUAAUUAAUAUUUUCACAUCAGUUCCUUAUGCAACUAAUCUCAUAUAUGGUGCGGGGACAUUAUCCGUUGUCAAUAAGAGUGCUGAACGACUUGAAGUUGAAUCAUUUCUUAAUUUUCUCUCUAAUUUUUUUAUAAACAUGCUUAGUGCAACGCCAUUUUACCUAUUUAUAACUUCGUCCAGAUCAUUUCGACAAGAGUUUUUUCAAAUAUUGAAGAGAUGGUGGUACAAAUACAUUCUACGACGAACGCAAGUGGCACCUUCACAUUAA